AUGCAAAGAAAACCCGGUCGUUCGGAUGUUUGCGUUACUUUCAAAGCUAAUUUCGAACAGUUACUAUUGAUCGCAAUGCAACUCAACGGGACAUUCGACGUAAAGUUAGGUAAAAGUUUCCUAGAUCGAGAUUUAACAUCUUACAUGACCAUGCGUUGCGAUUUCAUGCCUGCCUCUGUGGAUCGCUCACAACCUGGAUCGAUCAAGGUAAACGAGAGCAAAGAGGUUGUUGUUAGCCUGCCUAAUGUCACAAACUCUGGACCGGAUACAACAACUUUGUUUCGUGGAACUGCACGUCCUGUUCAGAAAGAAUGUAUCUUAAUCUACAAUAAAAAGACUCAUGAAUUAACCUUGGAGAGAAUUGCACAUACUGUACAGCUGAAGAAGACUCGAGAAGAACGGAAGUCUGACACCACUUGUCCACCCAACGCAGAAAUAUCACAAUUCCAAUCUCUACCUGGCCGCUCAGAACAAGAUCUGAAAUCUGUUCGACCGUCUCCAACCAAGAGAAAACCUAAUGAUCCUGAGAUAUCAGCUCCUACUACUACUGUAGUACAGCAGCCAACGCAAAAAAAACCUCCGCAUUCGAGAACAUUAAGUAGUAGCAGUAGCAGUAGUAGUAGCAGCAGUAGUAGUAGUUCUAGUAGCAGUCGUAGUAGUUGUAAUAUGGAUAUUGAGACUUCAGAAAGUGAUAAUGAUAGCGCUUCAGAUAGUGAUUCGAAUUCAUCAACUUUGAGCAGUUUAUCAAAUGGUAGAAACAAGACAUCAAAAGAAAAACCAUCUUCAAAUGGAACAAUAGAUAAGAAAGCAAUCAGUACAACAAAUUUAGCAGCCCAUCGUAAAUUAAUUGAACAUGAUUUAAAAUUAAGUGAUUCUGACUCUGAUUGUAGUGCAUAAAAUGUUCAAUGGAACAAGCUAUUUUCUGUGAUUUCUCUUGUAAAUAGUGAUUCCUAUUGUAAAAAUAACACAUUCAAGAAGUAUGUACCAUUUUUCCGUAAAUGAUGAUCUCUUAUGAUUGGUUUUAUUUAUUUUCAAAUAAAUCUUAUUAUUUACGUGGAU